AUGGUAGAUCCAACACUUCUGUAUAGACGUUACCAUGGUUACGUCAGCAGUCUGAUUUGUUUAACAGGUAUUGUAGGAAAUGUUGUAAGCUGCAUCGUGUGGAUCCGUAAGAAGUCCCAAAAGCCUACUUUCUUCAUCUUAUCCUUUCUGGCCAUUGCAGAUGCGCUUUGUCUCCUGAUGUUUCAAAUUUAUGUCGUCUGCUUCUUCAUGAUGAUGUCCCCUAAUGACGAAGAAACUUACACCAAGGCGGGAAUGUACAUUGUGAUGAUAAGUUUCCACUUGUUCAUUGCUUUUCACAUGCUUUCUACGUGGUUCACGAUUACGAUGAUGAUUUUCAGAUACAUCAAAAUUGUAAAACCAACACUAGCGUCCAAAGUCUGCACCAUUACACGUGCAAAAAUUUCCAUCGCCGUCGUUACUGUCAUGGUCCUUUUGGCAUCAGCAGCAAACUAUCCUUUCUACGAAGUUCAGAAAAUCAAUCAAGGAAAUGCGACAAAUGCUACCAUUUAUUUUCUUAUGCCAACGGCAUUCACAAAAUCUCAUCCCGAAUAUCCCACUCUAUUGUUGUGGAUUUAUGGUGUCGUGGUAAAAAUAAUCCCCAUCAUGACCAUUGUGAUUCUGUGUGGCUUAAUCAUUUGUCACAUUCAAAACGCCAAAAGACGGGUCCAAGACAUUAGUCAAAGUCUCACUUCGGCCGAAACCUACAACCAAACGAGCUUAAUGCUGACCGUUAUUGCAUUCAUUUACGUCCUCACUGAACUACCGAUUGGUAUCAUGUCUUUUAUUUCUGGUUUCCAUGGAGAUGACGGACAUCUUUUUUACUUCCUGCUAUUUUCGGGAGUUGGAGACUUGCUUGAUUUAUGUACCUUGGUAAAUAGUACCGUUAACGUCUUCGUGUAUAUCUGUAUGAGUGGUGAAUUCAGAAGAAUUUUCCUUAAGAUGAUAAAAUGUAACUAA